AUGAGAAGUUGGUCGGUUCUUCGCUCGCUCGCAGUUGUGGUCCCUGUGGCGUGCCUCAUGGGCGGUAUUCAAGCUGGUCUCAUCUUCGCCAUUCAGCAUGCCAAGUCAGAGGGACUGCAUUGGCCCAGUAUCCUCAUGGCUGUUGCUUCAGCCGCUCUGCUUGCUGCUGGUGUCCUGAGACAUUACGUGGAUGUCUACGUUCACCGGACCGUUCGUGGCAUAUCCUUCAUCUUUGUCGGUAUUGAUGCCCUGGGAGAUCUCUUCUCCUUGGUGUCAGUCGUCUUCCAACCUAAGCUUGACGUCUUGGGUCUGGUCAUAUACGGCUCCGAACUGGUGCUGUGGAUCGGCAUCUUCCUGUGCGGAGCGUAUUACAAUCUCCCCUCGUGGUACGCUGCAAAGAAGGAGACGGAGAGGACCAACGAGGGCUUAGAUGAGCCGAACAGUGGGCCGGCGGGCACGUCUGGGAUCGCACUUCACGAUCUGCCCUCCAGCACUUCCGUGUUCAGGACGCCAUCGGGCGAAAUUGAAGCGAUCCGACAGCGCAGUAUGGGCUCAAUACGUGUUGCUGGUCUGGAACAUCUACCGCGGAGGGUGAAUACUCGCAAGUCAGCUCUCAGCUCCAACAGCAUCAUGACUUCCACCACUACGACCAAGGUCACCUCGCUGGACUCUCAGUCCGAUGGCCCGUCGGUGCCGAACCCUACACCAGCCACUGAGUCUGUAGGCAGCCCCUACGAACCGGUAGACCCUCCUCCGGAGAUGGACUAUACUGCCGUCGCCAGGAUUCUGGGCCCUAUCCAAGAGUCGCUCAACGAGGCCGCCCUGGAGGCCGCCUACCCAUCGCCACCCAUCAACACACCCAUCCUCGGUUCUCCAGCUCCGUCCGUUUCAUAUCGCUUCCCUGUGACCCGCGGUCGCGGCUUCAGUGUUGUUGGCGAUAGACUCGCGCAGCUGAAGAUCAAUGACCGCAAGCUUCGUCACCGCGAGGGAGAUGUGGGCUCCAGCAACUACUCACCAGAGGCAUCCAUCAACGAGGACGAAGAAGUCGAUAUUGCGAGCAUAUCCGAGGUGUUGAGCGACGGCGGUAGGGACAAGGAAGACCCAGGACAAGCUCGUAAGACCCUUGACCCCAUCGAUGUGACUGAGGGCUCAGUUCCUAUCGCUUUAGGUUCCCCGGCCGUCAACCCGCGCAUCGUAGAGUACCUGACCUUCACCUCCGACGACUUGCCUACGAACUCGGUUGCACCUUGCUUCCCCUCUACACUCAUGAAGACAAGCACCGCGUCGAUUAAGACCAUCGUUGGCGGCAGCGACGGCGCUAGCUUGAAGAGCGAUGGCGUCACUGAGAAGAGCAACUGGGCUGAGGAAAUCGAAGACAUGGUCGACCGUACAUGCCUACGUCUCGAGCAGCUUGCCGACGAUGAGUGGAAGCGUGAUGGCAGCAAGAGCUUCGCCGAUUACUACGUCGCUCGCCUUGAGCGUCUUCUCAGCAGCGCUAAGCGCUCCGUACCCGUCAGCAUCCAGAAGAACAAGGAGAACCAGGAGUGA